AUGGGAAAGGGGAUUGGGUCCAUCCACCUCAAUGAAAUACAGUGCACAGGAUUCGAGAAAUCCAUCAUUGAUUGUAAAUUCAAUGUCGAGAACCUGGGCUGCAACCAUGAAGAAGAUGCUGGUGUGAGGUGCAACAUCCCAGCCAUGGGCUUCCAGAACCAGCUGCGCCUGAGUGGGGGCCGCAACCCCUAUGAGGGCCGCUUAGAGGUGCUGGUGGAGCGAAACGGGACGUUGAAGUGGGGGACCGUGUGCGGGGAGAACUGGGGCAUCGUGGAAGCCAUGGUGGUCUGCCGCCAGCUGGGCCUUGGGUUUGCCAAUAACGCCUUCCAGGAGACCUGGUACUGGCAAGGAGACAUCAACGCCAACACUGUGGUCAUGAGCGGGGUCAAGUGCUCCGGGACGGAGAUGGCGCUGUCCCACUGCCGCCACCACGGAGAGAACGUGGCCUGCCCGCCGGGAGCGCAUCACGCAGCCGGGGUCACCUGCUCAGAGACUGCCCCUGACCUGGUCCUCAAUGCUGAGAUCGUCCAACAGACGACAUACCUGGAAGACCGGCCCAUGUUUUUGUUGCAGUGCGCCAUGGAGGAGAACUGCCUGGCAUCUUCUGCUGCCCAGACAUCCCCCACCACAGGCUACCGCCGGCUGCUGCGUUUCUCCUCCCAGAUACACAACAAUGGCCAAUCGGAUUUCCGUCCCAAAAACGGACGCCACGCAUGGGUCUGGCAUGACUGCCACAGGCACUACCACAGCAUGGAAGUAUUUACCCACUAUGACCUGCUGAGCCUCAAUGGGACCAAGGUGGCUGAAGGCCACAAAGCCAGCUUCUGCCUGGAGGACACAGAGUGUGAUGGAGAAAUCCAGAAGAAUUACGAGUGCGCCAACUUCGGCGAGCAGGGCAUCACGCUGGGCUGCUGGGACAUCUACCGUCAUGACAUCGACUGCCAAUGGGUGGACAUUACCGACGUGCCCCCCGGGGACUAUCUGUUCCAGAUCAUCAUUAACCCCAACUACGAAGUGGCCGAGUCCGACUACAGCAACAACGUGAUGAAGUGCCGGACCCGCUACGACGGGCAUCGCAUCUGGAUGUACAACUGCCACAUAGGUGGCUCCUACAGUGAAGAAACGGAGAAUAAGUUUAAUCACUUCCGAGGACUCUCAAACAACCUGCUCCCCACUCAGUGAAGAGUCAGCCCUGGACCCCCUGGACCCCCUGCCCUAGGGCCACACUGCACUGGUCUCCCUGGGACCUUCCCUAACCACUGCACAGCACAGCUCAGAUGGACCUCCCCUUGCUCCCUCCCCCGACUCCUGCAGUGGGGUCCAGGGUCUGUUUGGGCCUGGCCUC